GGUGUGAAGCACAAGACGAACUUUAUGACAUAUAAAACACAAAUGAUAAAAAGAAAAAUUGUCACUUUUCUUCCAAAAAAAAAAAACCACAAACCCUCCAUUUCCUUUUUCUUCCUCAUUCUCAUGAGUUGAUGAGUUAUCAUCCCCUCCAAUCUACACUCACACUAUAGUCACAGAGAGAGUAGUUGCAGACAUACAUACACUCUACACUCCCUUCUUUCUUCUCUCUAAACCAAAAACAAACAACAAUGACAAUCCAAUCAGUGAUAAUCCAGAAACUCCUGAGCACAAACGCACACUUAGGUCGUCGAAUCACCGCCCACCAUUUCAAACCCUUUACCUACGGCACUCGUAACGGCGCAUCCAUCAUCGACUCCGAUAAAACCCUAAUUUCUCUUCGUAACUCUCUCGAUUUCAUCUCUCACCUUGUUCGCGCUAAAUCUCGCUUCCUCUUCGUCAACACAAACCCUCUUUUUGAUGACAUCUUCGACCACAUGACUCGCAAGAUCGGCCAUGGUUCCUUUCUCUCUCCUCAAGCUCAGUACUGGCGACUUGGUGGUUUUUUGACCAAUUCUGCUAGUCCUAAGAAGUUUCGUUCUAGGAAUAAGAAGAUUUGUUUUGCGCCUGCUCAACCUCCUGAUUGUGUUUUUAUUUUGGAUUUUGAUAAGAAAUCUUCUGUCAUUAAUGAGGCUGCUAGACUUGGUAUUCCCAUUAUUGGUUUAGUCGAUUCCAGUGUGCCGAGGGAGGUUUUUCAGAAGAUUACUUAUCCGAUUCCGUGUAAUGAUUCUGUUCAGUUUGUUUAUAUGGUGUGUAAUUUGAUCACCAAGACGUUUUUGCUUGAGCAAAAGAAUUUGAGUUUUGGUGAUGCUUCUACUGCUGAUGCUGAGAAUGCUGAGAAUGCUGAUAAUGCUGAUGUUGAUACUGAUCCCAGUGGAGAAGCAAAGUUGACAGACGAUAAUCAAUCUGCGGAAGAGAUGAAGGUUGUUUCUUAUUCAGCUUGAAGGUGUAUUAAUGAGUUUACCGGGUGGAUAGAACACAGUAGAUUUAGGAUGAACGGGCUCAGCCGAUGUUGAUCGUGAAGUAGUUGCUGCCAUUCAGCAGACAUGACUCUUAAGUAGAUUGUUACAAUACUUCUUUGGAUUAUAUGCUGAGGUUCUUCUCACGCUUAUUUUUAUUAAUCGUUAAGAGAACAAUUUUGUAAAAAUUGUUCCUUGUAUGGUCCAUUUUUUUGAUAAAAUCCGUUCUUGCUGAAGUUGAAUCUGAUAACUAUACCCAUGCAGUUUUUUGUAACAAGAAUAAACCAUUUUGAUUAAUGAAACGCAGGUUAUGCCAAAAAUGACAUACGCCUUAAGAGCUUGAUCCA